AUAUCCCUGGGAGGAUGCUUUGGAGCUGACUUUGCCAUUAACUUCCUAAUUCUUUCCGCAGCUGCAAAUGCUAUGCCUAGUAUGGGAAGAUAUCCUCCUUUCAAGAGAGAGAUCGCGGCAAUUGCCAGUGCUGGACUGGAUGAGUUUCAGAAUGAAGCCAUGAAAAUGGUGGUUGCACUAGUUGACAUGGAGCGAGCUUUUGUGCCCUUCCAACACUUUAUAGGUCUUGUGCAAAGAAGGAUGGAGAGAGAGCGGAGGGAAGAGGAGCUGAAGACUUGUUCGUCAAAAAAAGGAAAUGAAGGGCGGUUAACAAACUGGCGAAAGCUUGGAAUCAAUGAAGGACAAAUCCGACUAAUUGAAUAAAGAUGUGCCAAAGGGGUCAGCUUCUAAGACUGCUGGUCCUUGUGGUGAAAUGACAGCAGGUGGCUUUGGAAGAUGCUUCCAGCUGGUGUUUGAGGAUUGGAGGGCUUUGAAUUUUAUUUUGUUUUUCUAAUUUUCUUUUUUUGCUUGUAUUUUCUGUAUUGGAUGUAUAGUGCGAACCUCCCCCUCGUUUUUGUACUGCAACAUUUGUUUGUACACUUUUAUUUCCCUGUAUUUUUAGCUGCAACUUUUCGUAUGUUUUUUCUUACUGUGCUUUGCUACCCUCACCUGUACCUGAGACAUGUGCCCAUUCUAAUGUAUUUUCUUUUAAUAAAAUGUGACAUCAUGGCUUUUCAA